CUGUUUUCAUCACAUCUCAACCACCAGUGUACAUGCUAACAAACUAAACAAAAGCAGCCACUUACUGGAAAGGACGUCUUUAUAUUGAUUUUUCAUGUACUGGGUAAGACAAGUCUAAGCCAAAAGCAGUCACAGCCUUAUAAGACCUUUCCGUUUAGCUGCCCACUCCUCCAUCCCUCCCUGCUUCUUCAUCACGUCUAAUCACCUGCAGUCAGUUGUGGUCAGGCAGCACAUCUCCGGUGUUUGAUGAUUGGCUGCACAGAGAAGUGGGCGGGCACCGUUCUGAUGCAUCACACACGUACCAGCGCAGCAGGACAGAUCCUCUCUCUUGCUCGUGCACUCUCCCUCCCCCUCUCUCUACCUCUCACUCUGCCUUUCACACAGACGCCAGAGCACAGACUGCAGCAGAACGCAGGGCCAGCAGGAUUUUCCCUCCUCGUACUGGAAGAGCUGCGAAACCAGAGAGACAGUCACCCGCUGGGGAAAGGAGAGACAAUAUUAAUGGAGGAUCCACCGAGGAGUACCUGACCCACAAGCUGCAGAGUGUGUAGGUCUGCAUCUGGCUCUCUAAAGCAGCUCUGUGGGCUUAGGUGCACCAGCCACUCCUCCGGGACCGGCCCACUCCCUCCUUACCUGCCCCUCAUCCUCAUUUAAAGGAUAGGAUGGCCGGCUCUGCGCGCCUGUGCUGAGGAAGCGUUGGCGAGCAGCAGUAUGGGCGCUGUGCUGGCCGGCAUCCCCACCACCAUCCCCUCCACCACCACCGAUCUGCCACCGCCACGCUGCCCUACCGUAACGGGCACUCCCCCAAGCCCCUCUGAUGGGCGAAGACACUGACGCCACCCCGACUCUCAACCACCACGGCUUCCUCCCUGACCACAACUAUGUGACUGAAGGGCUGCUCCUGGCUAUAGCCUGAAGAGCUGCGCCUGUCCUGUCCCCUCUCCACCCUGGAGUCCUCCCCCAGGAUGUUGAGCCCCAUCCAGGUCCUGUGCUCCGACAUCACUACCCUUUCUCUGGAGCCCGAGCCGUUUGCCUCUUACACUGAAGCUGAUAUCAUCUCCACUGUCGAGUUCAACCACACAGGAGAGCUCCUGGCUACAGGGGACAAAGGGGGCCGAGUGGUCAUCUUUCAGAGGGAACCUGAGAGCAAGACUGAGCCUUUCUCCCAAGGAGAGUACAAUGUCUAUAGUACCUUUCAGAGCCAUGAGCCUGAGUUUGACUACCUUAAGAGUCUUGAGAUUGAGGAGAAGAUCAAUAAGAUCAGAUGGCUGCCUCAGCAGAACGCUGCACACUUCCUCCUCUCCACCAAUGAUAAGACCAUUAAGUUGUGGAAGGUGAGCGAACGAGACAAACGGCCAGAAGGAUACAACCUGAAGGAUGAGGAGGGACGUAUCAAGGACGUUUCCACCGUCACCUCUUUACAGGUGCCAGUGUUGAAGCCGAUGGACCUGAUGGUGGAGGUGAGCCCGCGGCGAGUCUUUGCCAACGCCCACACCUACCAUGUCAACUCCAUCUCCGUCAACUCCGACUAUGAGACCUACAUGUCAGCUGAUGACCUGAGGAUCAACCUCUGGCAUUUGGACAUCACCGACCGCAGCUUUAAUAUCGUGGACAUCAAACCAGCCAACAUGGAGGAUCUGACAGAGGUGAUCACAGCGGCUGAGUUUCAUCCCCAUCACUGUAACCUGUUUGUCUACAGCAGCAGCAAAGGCACCCUGCGUCUCUGUGACAUGAGAGAAGCGGCGCUCUGUGAUAAACACUCCAAACUGUUUGAGGAGCCUGAGGACCCCAGCGCCCGCUCCUUCUUCUCUGAGAUCAUCUCCUCUGUGUCGGACGUCAAGUUCAGCCACAGCGGACGCUACCUGCUCACCAGAGACUACCUGACAGCCAAAGUCUGGGACUUAAACAUGGAGAGCAAGCCCCUGGAGACUUACCAGGUCCAUGAUUACCUCCGCAGCAAGUUGUGUUCCCUGUACGAGAACGACUGCAUCUUUGACAAAUUUGAGUGUGCCUGGAACGGCUCCGACAGUGUCAUUAUGACUGGAGCCUACAACAACUUCUUCCGCAUGUUCGACCGGAACACCAAACGCGACGUGACCCUAGAGGCUUCGAGAGAGAGCAGCAAACCCCGAGCCGUCCUGAAGCCAAGGAGGGUCUGUGCGGCUGGAGGAAAGCGCCGGAAGGACGACAUCAGCGUGGACAGCCUGGACUUCACCAAGAAAAUCCUUCAUACGGCGUGGCACCCCAAUGAGAACAUCAUCGCCAUCGCCGCCACCAACAACCUGUACAUUUUCCAGGACAAACUCAACUCUGAGAUGCAUUAACAAAAGGAUGUCAGCGUCAGAUACUGACGAGUUUACACCUGAAAACACAACUAUGCCAGAAUGUACACAUUUACAAACACCCCCCACAGGAAUAUGCCUAAUACACUCACACAUGCUCUUUCACUCACUCCCUCCCCAGCCUGCCAGAACUGAAAGGACCUAAAGUGGGCUAGAAAGGGAACAGGCUGGAUUACACAAUGGAUUAUGGAUUGCAACUGUGGAUUUGCUGAUUGUGGACUCUGGAUUGUGCUUGAUGGUGUUUUGAUUGCUACAACUCAGCUUCUGAGGUGGAUUUACCCCCAAACACCUCAGACUGGAGGGACGUUUACAUGUUUGUCUUAUUUUUGUUUGAUUCUUUAGGCUCUUUUGCUUUCUCCACCUCUUCCUCCUCCUCCACUUUUUUCUGUAUUUGUGUGCUUGAGCAAAGCCUAUUCUUAUACCCUGCCCACUGUUUUGUGUAACAAAAACUCUUCACGGUUGUCUACCAGCUGCAUUGAUGAUAAAUGGGGCAUUUACAUAACUUCCUGUCUGUUUGAUUUCAGAUCAGCCAUUCCCAGUGUUUGUUUCUUUGUAACGUUUUUUUUUAGUGAUGUUAAAGAUGGUACUUUUGAUGACAAUAAGAAUUUAAAUUGAAAUGUGUGAUGUGAAAGGAUGAACUCGGGACACCCCUUCCUUCAAACUAGCGCACCCAGACAUCUGAGCUGGACUGGACCGUGUUCAGUGAGCUAAAACAUCCAUCGCCCUGCAGAAUGAAGCAGAAUUUAAAAGAUGAAUUCACCACAGCCUAAUAUGAGGACACACUCAUAUCUGUUCCUCACAAUGUUUCAGUUGUUUAUGUCUCCUCUGCUGAAACGUCUCUGAUGUGGAUUCUGCUUCUGGUCCAGAGCUGCGUCGUGUGCUACUCCACCAUUAAACACAAUUCAAAUUCAGCAAAAAAAAAAGAAGAAAAUGACUAAAAAAUUAACUAAAUCAAUCAACAAUCAAGCAAAAAGAUGCUGCAUGUAAAACCAGUUUAGCCUAGGUGUUUAUAAAUUGACUGACUUGGCUGCCUUCUUAACCAUUUAGACCCAGCUGUACAAAGGCUUCUGGGGCCCUUGGGGGCCCCAUGCAGCACGAGUUACUAUAGAUGACCGAGCUCUAUUACCUUUUUUUGUGUCUUCGGGCACUGAAGCAUGUUUACCAGUGUUCGGUUCAUACACGUACAUGUACUUUUUGAAUGAAGCCGUCCAAGAAUCAGUUUCUACUCGACUGAAUUUGAGACAAAGAGGAUUGAGGAAUGUUUUCAUUUAUGUUGAUCUCCAAAAGAAAAAAGGGCCUAAAUGGUGUCUGUAAAUAUUAACUCUGUUUUGACAUGUUUUAGGUUUAGUUUUUUUAAAAUUCCACACAAACUUGAUCAUGUGUAUCGCUGUUUGCCUCCAAAGCUGCAGCAGAGAGAUGCUACUUUAAUCUCUUCAGCCUUCCUCACUGAUUACUUUUCUGAUGUGCAGAAGUUUUUAUUUUUAGAAAACAGCCUAUUCUUUUAUUAUCCUUUCAUUUAUGACAUCUGUCAACCACAUCCCGACCAAACUAAUGAUGAGUCACUUAUUUUUGUGUUAAUGUAUGUUGAUGACAGCAUUGUCAUAUAGACAGUUAUACUGUUAAUGUUUUUUUCUGAAUAAAGAUUUCAACGAA